AUGAGUUUAUUUGUUAAUCCUGACAUUCCCUACUUUCAAGAGGUGGUCCUGAUGGCCAUCAACUGUAGCCUUUGUGGUUAUCGUAGCAAUGAGGUGAAGUCGAUCGCAGGCAUUGCUGAACGCGGCAAACAAUUUCGCUUACUCAUUGCGACCGAAGAGGACUUGUCUCGCGACAUCCUUAAGUCGGACACGGCCAGUGUCGCACUGCCUGAGCUGGGAAUUGAUUCGGAGCCAGGCACUUUGGGGGGUCAUUUCACAACUAUUGAGGGUCUGCUAGUCCUGAUCAGAGAUAAGGUACGUCCAUCAGUCUUGCUAUCUCUGAACGCAUGUUCAACUUUGCACAUGCAUCUUUCGAAAGUUGACUUGAGAGUGUAUGCUCUAGGCAAUCAGUGA